GCAAGACAUCUGUAUAUUUGUGACUUCCACAAAAACUUAAUUCAGAGUGUGAGAAAUAGAAGAAAGAGGAAAGGCAGCGAUGAUGAUGGUGACUCACCAGUACAAGACAUCGACACUCCAGAGGUUGAUUUAUAUCAGUUACAAGUAAACACACUUCGAAGGUACAAAAGACACUUCAAGCUACAGACCAGACCGGGACUUAACAAAGCACAGCUCGUUGAAAUAAUCGGCUGCCAUUUUAGGACAAUUCCAGUGAAUGAAAAGGACACCUUAACGUAUUUCAUCUACUCGGUGAAGAAUGACAAGAACAAACCAGAUCUAAAGAUGGAUAGCGGGGUUCAUUAGAGAGAAAAGGUUGGGACUGAGACUCAGGCUGCACAUCAAAAGACUGAGGGUUUUUGUUGAUACACAAAAGCUUUCUUUGUAACUUUUUUUUUUCUCAGAGAGGUUGUCUCUUUUUAUUUUUCAUAACCACGCUGAUUUGUUUGAAAACCAUCUCUUAUGAAACAAAUUUCCUCAGCAAAAAUAUUUUAAAUAAAUAUUACUGAUAUUGUUGCUC